CACGCUGGGUUUUUAUGAGUCCGCGACAAGCGCGCUCUGUUUUUGACGAUCCACAACCUUCUGCCACGUGGAAGAACAUCAAGAAGCUGCGGGAAAGCGUUUCGACAAUAACCACAUUUGUAGAUCAUGGACAACUGGGAUGAGGUUACCACAAGUAAUGAAAGUGGAAUGAGCUCGUGGACCAGUGGUGGCCAAAGUUCCAGUUUUGGGAGACCGACUGAUAAUAAAGUCAGCUCCUGGAACAGUGGAGGUGAUGGUGGCUUUGGUGGCGGCAGAGAUAAAGUCAGCUCCUGGAACAGUGGAAGUGAUGGUGGCUUUGGUGGUGGCAGAGGCCGAGGGUCCAGGGGAGGUGGUGGAGAUUUCAAGAGUUUCUCUUCAGGAGCUGAUAAGAAUGGGAAUGAAGAUAAAGGCAGCUCCUGGAACAGUGGUGAAGGAGGCUUCAGGGGAAGAGGCAGAGGGGGCGGCAGAGGAUCAAGGGGAGGAGGCACCCGAAACGGGGAUGAUGGCAAUGAUGGCGGGUUUGGAGGUAGCCGGGGAGGCUUCCGAUCAGGUGGUGGUGAUGGAGGAGGAUUUGGCGGAGGAGGUUAUCGUGGACGAGAUGAGGAAGUUUUCUCUAAAGGAUCAACCACGGAUGGGGAAGGUGGUGGAGAUGGUGGCAAUCCAGGUCCCCCAAAGGUGACCUACAUACCCGAAGCCCUUUGUGAGGAGGAGGAGUCUAUUUUUGCUCAUUAUGAGUCGGGCAUCAACUUUGAUAAGUACGAUGACAUCUUGGUCGACGUCAGCGGCAGCAAUCCGCCAAAGGCCAUCAUGGGUUUUGAAGAGGCUGCCCUGUGUGAAUCUCUGAACAGGAACGUCAGUAAGUCUGGCUAUAUGAAGCCCACCCCAGUACAGAAGCAUGGCAUUCCCAUUAUCGCUGCUGGCCGGGACCUCAUGGCCUGCGCCCAGACUGGAUCUGGGAAAACGGCUGCAUUCCUACUGCCCAUCCUGCAGCAGCUGAUGGUAGACGGCGUGGCAGCUAGUAAGUUCAGCGAGGUCCAGGAGCCAGAGGUUAUUAUAGUGGCCCCAACCAGGGAGCUGAUCAACCAGAUCUACAUGGAAGCCAGGAAGUUUGCCCAUGGUACUUGUGUGCGUCCAGUGGUGGUUUACGGUGGCAUAAGCACCGGUCACACCAUUCGCGAGAUACUGAAGGGCUGCAAUGUGCUGUGUGGGACUCCAGGAAGACUGAUGGACAUGAUUGGAAGAGGAAAGAUUGGCUUGAGCAAGCUGCGUUACCUGGUGCUGGAUGAGGCUGACAGGAUGCUGGACAUGGGCUUUGAGCCUGCAAUGCGCAAGCUGGUGGGGUCCCCAGGCAUGCCAGCUAAAGAGGACCGCCAGACCCUUAUGUUCAGCGCUACCUACCCCGAGGACAUCCAAAAACUGGCUGGUGACUUCCUGAAGAAGGACUAUCUGUUCCUUGCUGUGGGCGUGGUGGGCGGAGCCUGCAGUGAUGUAGAGCAGGUCGUGGUUCAGGUGACCAAGUUCUCCAAAAGAGACCAACUACUGGAGGUCCUGAAGACUACAGGGUCUGAACGCACAAUGGUCUUUGUGGAAACCAAGAGGCAGGCUGACUUUAUCGCGACGUUCCUGUGUCAGGAGAAGGUUAAUACUACUAGUAUUCACGGUGACCGUGAGCAGAGGGAGCGUGAACAGGCGCUCGGCGACUUCCGCUCAGGAAAGUGUCCUGUCCUGGUGGCCACCUCUGUUGCUGCCCGUGGACUGGACAUCAAGGAUGUCCAACACGUAGUCAAUUUUGACCUUCCCAACAACAUUGAUGAGUACGUCCACCGCAUCGGGAGAACAGGUCGCUGUGGGAACACCGGGAGAGCUGUGUGUUUCUUUGACCCGGAGGCCGACAGCAACCUGGCACGCUCCCUGGUCAAAGUCCUGUCUGGGGCCCAGCAGGAGGUGCCCAAAUGGCUGGAGGAAGCUGCCUUCAGUGCUCAUGGCACUACAGGGUUCAACCCAGGUGGGAGAAUCUUUGCCUCCACUGAUAGCAGGAAGGGUGGCUCUUUCCAGAGAGAUGGGGCAAGUCAUCUAGCUGCUGCCCUGAGCAGUGGCGCAGAUGACGACGAGUGGGAGUGAUGAGGCACAUCUGCAAUUCUUUUCGUUUUUGUGUUUUCAAACCUAAGUCAUGUUUUGGUUCAAAUUUAACUUUUCUUUUAGUGUUUCUUAUUUUGUUUAAAGAAAAUAAUUUUGCGCUGCUUGAUAUUUCUGGAAAUGUGUAUAGUCCUGGAUAUGGGAAACCGAUUAAUGUCAACCACUGGUUAAAAUCUGUGUGCUUGAGGUAAAACUUCACAAAUGAAUGUUCUAGCUAUUAUUAGUGCUUCUGGUUCUUGUGGUUUGAAUUGUGACGCAUCACUUUGAACUUAUUAUUUUCCUCUUUCACCCAAAUGUUUUACCUUGUUGAAUAUGUGCCAUUUACACCCUCGUGUGUUUUGAACUGAACUAUUGAGUAAGGCGUGUUUGUCCCCAAAUAAUACCUGUAAAGCAUUCUAUUUCUGUAAGGAUUCUGCAUUUAGACCAAACUGGUUCUGUUAACCAGUCUGAGUUGACCCACGUUUUGGAUCGCUUGUUUGUUACUGAUGUACAAGAGUGCUUAUGUUGUAUUAAAUAUUCAUGGAAUUUUGUGCCAGGCAAAAUGAGCAAAUACAUUUGAUUUACUUGACUGAUUCAUGCAGACAUUUGAAAUAUGGAUAAAGGCCAAUUUUUAUUCAAAAUAAAGAAUGUCUUGGAUAAUU